UCUUUCAGUUUGUUUUUAUAUUGGAUUAUAUUGACGAAUUUUCGUGUAUUGAACCAUCCUGCAUCUCUGGGAGGAAUCCUAUUUGAUCAUGUAGUUCCAGAGAACUGCUGGUUUAGAUUUUAGUUCUUGACGAGUUGGGAAAGCAGUGAAGAAUGCUUAGACUACUUAACAUUCAAAUUACCCUCUGGUUUAUCAUCUUUAGAAGACUGGACUUCUGGAUGUCUAAUAUACUGCUUCUCUGUUGAAUUAAACCAUGAAAAUGAAACCUAUAGCCCUGGCCAUCAUCUAUGAACUCUAAUUACAUUGAUUCGUACCAUUUGAUACUUCCUCAGGGAAUAAAAAAUGACAUCGGCAGUGGUUGACAGUGGAGGUUCUGUUCUGGAGCUUCCCAGCAAUGGAGUAGAAAAUCAAGAGGGAGGUGACAAGGUCCCUGAAUUUCCAGCAGUGAUUGUGGAGCCAGUGCCCAGUGCAAGAUUAGAGCAGGGCUACGCUGCCCAGGUUCUGGUGUAUGACGAUGAGACUUACAUGAUGCAGGAUGUGGCGGAAGAACAAGAAGUUGAGACCGAGAAUUCGGAAACAGUGGAAGCAUCAGUUCAUAGCAGUAAUUCACACUGUACAGAUAAGACAAUUGAAGCUGCUGAAGCCCUGCUUCAUAUGGAAUCUCCUACCUGCUUGAGGGAUUCAAGAAGUCCUGUGGAAGUGUUUGUCCCUCCUUAUAUAUCAACUCCAGAGUUCAUCCAUGCUGCGAUGAGGCCAGAUGUCAUUACAGAGACUGUAGUGGAGGUGUCGACAGAAGAGUCUGAGCCGAUGGAUGCCUCACCUAUUCCCACUUCCCCAGAUAGCCACGAACCAAUGAAGAAGAAAAAAGUUGGCCGUAAACCAAAGACCCAGCAGUCACCAGUUUCCAAUGGGUCUCCUGAGUUAGGAAUCAAGAAGAAAGCCAGAGAAGGAAAAGGAAACACAACCUAUCUGUGGGAGUUUCUUUUGGAUCUACUUCAAGAUAAAAAUACUUGUCCCAGGUAUAUUAAAUGGACUCAGAGAGAAAAGGGCAUAUUCAAACUUGUGGACUCAAAGGCUGUCUCGAAGCUUUGGGGAAAGCAUAAGAACAAACCAGAUAUGAACUAUGAAACUAUGGGACGAGCUUUGAGAUACUACUACCAAAGGGGGAUUCUCGCAAAGGUUGAAGGACAGAGGCUUGUGUAUCAGUUCAAGGACAUGCCCAAAAAUAUAGUGGUCAUUGACGACGACAAGAGCGAAGCCUGCAGUGAAGACCUGGCAGCAGCCACUGACGAGAAGUCCCUGGAGCGAGUGUCACUGUCUGCAGAAAGUCUCCUGAAAGCAGCAACUUCUGUUCGCAGUGGUAAAAACUCAUCCAUAAACUGCUCCAGAGCAGAGAAGGGUGUGGCUAGAGUUGUGAAUCUUACUUCCCCUGCUCACGACACUUCAUCCAGGUCUCCUACCACCACAGCGUCAGUGACAGCAGCAGCAGCUCCAAGGACAGUUCGUGUGGCAAUGCAAGUUCCUGUGGUGAUGACAUCACUGGGUCAAAAGAUUUCAACUGUGGCAGUUCAGUCAGUCAAUGCAGGCACACCAUUAAUAACCAGCACCAGUCCGACUACAGCCACCUCUCCAAAAGUAGUCAUUCAGACGAUCCCGACUGUGAUGCCAGCCUCUACUGAAAAUGGAGACAAAAUCACCAUGCAGCCUGCCAAAAUUAUCACCAUCCCUGCCACACAACUUGCACAGUGUCAACUGCAGACAAAGUCAAAUCUGACUGGAUCAGGAAGCAUUAACAUUGUCGGAACCCCCUUGGCUGUGAGAGCACUUACCCCUGUUUCAAUAGCCCAUGGUACUCCUGUAAUGAGACUAUCUGUGCCUGCACAGCAGGCUUCUGGCCAGACUCCUCCUCGAGUUAUCAGUGCGGUCAUAAAAGGGCCAGAGGUUAAAUCAGAAACAGUGGCAAAAAAGCAGGAACAUGAUGUGAAAACUUUGCAGCUGGUAGAAGAAAAGGGAGCAGACGGGAAUAAGACAGUAACCCAUGUAGUGGUUGUCAGUGCGCCUUCUGCUAUUGCCCUUCCUGUGACUAUGAAAACCGAAGGACUAGUGACGUGUGAGAAAUAAGCGAGCUCUGCCGUGGCCUGCAGACUGUUAGUGUUGUACUGACAAACAUUUGCAAGGGAAGACAUCAAGAAAAGCCAGAGGAGGACUUCAGACAAUUGUGCAUAUAAGAAAGCAAUCAGACUUACUGGAAUAAUUACCUAUCCCAUGUUUCAGUGGGAAGUGAACUACACAUUGAGAUAUGCUGACAGAAAACUGCCUCUUAAAGUAGGGAUAACUGAACCCUCAAUAAGAAAACAGACUGAAAGGGACCAAGCAGCCCACUACAAUAGCAAGUUACACUAAGAGUUGGAACACUAACACCUGUAAGAGGUUACAUAGUUUUCAGUGGGGCGGGUUGGGAUGGGUGAUCUCAUUGUUACAUAUAGCAAUUUUUGAUGCAUUUUUAUAUGCAUACCAGCAAUUAUUACUGUGUUUGCACAGUACUCACUUAACUGGUGCUAUGUGAAGACUGCUAAUAUAGGUAUUCUAGAAUGUGAACUGAGUGGAUCCAAAAGCUCCAGAAGAGGGUAACAAAAAGAUGUAGUGCGUUUCUUGUUUUAUUUUUUGUUUUUGAAUAUAUAUAUAUCAUAUAGCUUAAGCUGUUUUAAAACAAAGGCCUUAGACUAAUUUUCGGUUUUCUUCCUUGAAAUAAGCUAAUGGCUUGUUUGUGUAAAGCUUUUUUAUUAAAGGAAAAAAUUUUAAAAAUCUUGUACCUAGCACAGUAUUGUUAUAGAAUUUACAUGUAACAUUUUAUAUGGUAGUUUAAGUCUGUUGGUUUCUUAAUUGUGAAGAAAUUAACUGUAACAUACCUGCGUCACUCAAGUCAGCCCUGGCAUCUCGCAGACACAUCAGUAUCAGUUCUCCUGGCGUUUGGAAAUUCAGGCUCAGCAUGAACUCGUCGGGUAGCUCUAAUACCUGCUGUUUGUUUUCUUUCUCAUUCUUUUUCCUUCCUUCCUCCUUUUUUUCCUCCUUUUUUUUCUUUUUUAGUUGAUGUUUAAGAGGGAAAGUACCAGUGUUCAGAUUUGAACUAUAAUAGUUUGUAUAUUCAACAUUUGAAGUAUAUUCUAUUUUGUUGUACUCUUGUUUCAAAGUGUAUUCAAGUAGGUUUUCUGAAAUAUAGAAGUGAAAUUUA